AUGGGUUGCAGUAUAUACAAUCCAAUACUUAAACGUUAUUAUUCUUUUUUCUAUUAUCCGGUUAUUACCAGUAUUUUCCCAUUAACAAUUACUCUGACAACUAGUUUAUUGGCUUAUCACAACGUUCGUCGGAUUAUACGACGACAACUACCAGUAUAUCGUCGACGCCUUGAUCGUCAAAUGACAGCAAUGACUUUAGCACGUGUUAUGGUUCUUAUUAUAGGUGGUGUACCAUAUGUUUGUAUUUCUCUAUAUCAACUUAAUGUAAACAACAGUGAAAAUAAUUCUACCGAAUUGGCAAUCGUUAGUUUCUUAUUAUCAAUAACUACUUCAUUUAUGCAUGCUAAUUUUGUGGUCAAUUUUUAUGUCUUUUUGAUGGUAUCAUCACGUUUUCGGCGUCAAGCAAAAACUGUUUUGAUAAAAAAACCUUGGCGCUUGAUUAAAUCUCUAUAUGAUAGAACACUAACAAGUCCACAAAGAAAUCAAGUUUUUCCUGAAAUAGCUCAACGAAGUUUUUCUGCCAAUGAACUAGAAUAA